AUGUCCACGAAACAUAUCACAAGAGUUGCCAUUGUCGGAGCCACUGGCCGCAUCGGCGGAGCCUUUGCUAGGUCGCUUCUGCAAACAGGGCAGCAUACAGUCACAGCUCUCACCCGCGAAGAUAGCCAGUCAAAACUCCCUGAUGGAGUUCGAGCCGUUCGAGUCAAGUACGACGAUGAGGACUCACUUGUCAAUGCCUUGAAUGGCCAACAAUUCCUUGUCAUUACCCUGAGCGCCCGAGCCCCCGAAGAUCUUCAUGCUAGGAUUACCGCAGCUGCCGGAAAGGCUGGUGUUCCUUACAUCAUGCCAAAUGCGUACGGAUUCCAUAUCAGCCCCGAGGGCGUGAAAGAUGGGGAUAUAUAUGGAAAGCGCAUUCUUGAACGAAUCAGUGAUGCUCAAAGUGGUGUGUCGUCCUCAGUGACACUGUCAUGUGGGUUCUGGUACGAAUGGAGCCUGGCAAGCGGCGAGCAAUGGUUCGGCUUCACGAUCAAAGACCGAAAGGUCACCUUUUUCGACGAGGGCACUCGCAUCAUUAGUAUCAGCACUUGGGACCAAUGUGGUCGCGCGCUGGCUGCCCUCCUCAGCCUACCGGAGUCUGGAUCAACCCCUGCGCUUGUCGACUUCAAGAAUAAUGAAGUCCGGAUCAAUAGCUUCCGCCUCUCGCAACGCGAUAUGCUCGACAGUCUGCAUCGUGUCUUGGGCACUACAGACUCCGAUUGGGAGAUUACUCAUGAGAGUGUCGCUAAGCGCCUUGCAGACGGCGCCGACGAGUUGUCUAAGGGGAUUCUCACGGGGUUCCCUAAGAUGCUGUAUGGUGGUGUAUUUUCGCCAGCCAACAAGGAAGGUGAUUUUGCAGGGAUAAUGGAGUUGGCAAAUGAUACACUGAGGUUACCUAAAGAGGACUUGGAUGAAGCGACUCAGAGGGCGGUCGAUAUGGUGGCUAGAGGAUGGACCCCUUUCGGUGAGAACUAA